AUGAUUGAUUUGGAUAAUAGUAAGAGAAUGAUGUUAAAUAACUGUUCAAGAUUGAUCUGUAAAAGAUCAUUGUCUUUAUAUAGAGUAAUGCCAUCUACUACUGUUGUUGUUAACAGUAGUAGUUUUGUAAAUAAUAAAUAUAGUAAUAGUAACAGUAGUUUGUCAUUUUCAUCGACAAAGUUCUAUUCUACAGCAACUGAAACAGCAACACCAACAGAAUCUAUAAUCAAUGAAAUGACUACAUCAUCAUCAGAACAACAAAAGAAAAGAACAUUAAAGAGAAAAUACGAAUUGAAACCAGUAUCACCAUUGUUAUAUCCAGUGCAAUCAGUCAGCAGUAUCACAACGAUCAAACCAAACGGUGGAACCGAGAAUCUUCCAUUCCACUUUGAGAGAACUGCAUCCGGUAGACUACCGGUCUACUCUGAUCUCAUCAGAUCUCAAAGAGCCAAAGAAACCGUACUGAGAAAGUAUUCAGGUGAUGUCACUAUUAUAUUACAAGAAUUAAGAAACAUAUUAGGAGAGGAAGUCUCGAUCACUCAAAACGAAGGAACAAUUUCAAUAAGAGGUGAUCAUUCACUUACACUUUUGGUAUGGUUGACUGCUCUUGGAUUUUAA